GCUAACCUCCACAGUCUUUCUCAGACAACUGUGGUAGGUUAUAUCUUGGGCUAGCUAUAUUGAGGUACCUGACAGUUGYACUGAGGGUUGCGAGGUCAGCAUUGUGCACAUUGGUUCUCGUCCCUGCUGGUCGGGGUACGAGUAGGGAGCUGGUCUCACCUAGCAGAGGCGUCCAGYAGACUGCCCUCUAUGUAUUCUCUAGCUGGUGCCUUCCUCAACAAGAUGAGCAAGAUCCAGGUGGUGGAGGGAUACCAGGUUGGAGGAAGGCGUGCGGUGGUGGCGUCUGAUGCGGUUGCUGCGGAGGGAUAUGUGAAGGAGUUUACGCGCCACUCCAACGACGUCCUGCUGAAUCUGAAUGAGCUGAGGCACCGGAACAUUCUGACCGAUGCCACCCUCGUGGUGGGCACUGCCCAACUGCAGGCACACUGUGCUGUGCUCAUUGCCUGCAGUGGGUUCUUCUACUCCCUGUACUGCCAUCGUGUGUCCUCCCCRGUACAGAGUGGUGCUGGAGGCCAGGCCCUAACCCUGUCUCUCCCUGACUCCCUGGACCCCUCCAGCGUCUCCCUGCUCCUGGACUUCAUGUACACCUCCCGGCUGCCCCUCACAUCACACACCGUCCCCGGGGUGCUCGCCGUUGCGACCUACCUGCAGAUGGACCACGUGGCCGACACCUGCAGAGCUUUCAUGUUACACAUUGAGAGGAUGAGAGGGACGCCCCCUCAAGUGGAGCUGGACUCCACGGUGUCUGCAGUGUUUGAGGCACCCUCAGGGGGAAUUCCUCCCAAUCCCCCUAUCAAUGGAAGACCCCGCCCGUCUGUUCUCGCUGUCUCCACCCCCUCACAGCCCGCAGCGGAGGCUGAGGGCCGCAUUUGCCCUGACUCAGCCAGGGUCCCUGGAGACAUCCGGGCCUCUCUGCAGCCAGGGACUUUCCUGACCCGUAAGCCCAGGUCAAAGGAACUAAAGCUGGAGCCUGAAUCCCCUCUCCCCACGCCCUCUCCAGAAAGCCCAUCGUGCUCCAGCUGCCAGCCCAACUCUCCUGCUGAGUCCAAAACCUGUAACUUGGGUGAACCCAAGAGCAGCCCUGACCCUAAGGCMUGCAACUGGAAGAAAUACAAGUACAUCAUCCUCAAUCCCCUCUGUGCCAUAACCACGAUGAAGGAGGAGGAGCCUGAGGAGGUCCAGCAGCAGUUUAGGCACACCCCCAKCUCUGAUAGGAUGGAGGUGACAUUGAAGCCAACUAUAGAGGCGUGGCCAGGGGAAGGAUCUGGCCAAAAUGACAGGCAGGGGCACGUCUACUGCUAUGAUGUCCCUGGCCGUAGCCCUCCUCUGGUGCCCCUCACAGGGCUGRCAGCACACUCUGCGGACCACCCCAUGGAGCCUCCCACCCACAAGGAAGGAACAGCCUCGCUUUGCUAUCUGGCACCGCGCCCAUUGGAGCCAGAGGCUGCCCAUCACCGCCAACACCCAAUCAAGCGCAAGAAUUACGGCUUGCCAUUCCGUUACUCCGGCAACCUGAGCGUGAUAAAGGCUYUCUGCACAGGUGAGGCAGCCCCUGCUGCCGGCGACAAGCCGUACCGCUGCAYCGUGUGUGGCGCCCAGUUCAACCGGCCCGCCAAUUUGAAGACUCACUCCCGCAUCCACUCUGGAGAGAAGCCCUACCACUGUGAUACCUGCGGGACCCGAUUCGUUCAGGUGGCCCACCUGCGAGCCCAUGUUCUGAUUCACACAGGGGAGAAGCCCUAUCCCUGUCACACCUGUGGCACUCGCUUCCGUCACCUGCAGACCCUGAAGAGCCACCUGCGUAUUCACACUGGCGAGAAGCCUUACACUUGUGAGAAGUGUGACCUGCACGUCCGCCACAAGAGCCAGCUGCGUCUCCACCUGAGGCAGAAGCACGGCGCCGUCACCAACAACAAGAUCCACUACAAGGUCCUGGCCGACCCCUACCAGUCCAUCCUGCAGGCCUGUUAAAUGUCUUCCCUUUGAACCCGGACCUUUAACCCCUAACCCCAAACCCAAUAGAUACCAGCCAUGACCCUAACAUUUCUGUCAAUCAAAUCAUGAUCGUUUAUCUGUUACCACCCUAGUUUCUCCUGUGUUAUUAUGGUCCAUGGCUGAAUCCCAAAUGGCACUCUAUACCUUAUAUAGGGCACUAUUUUUUACCAGGGCUGGGUGCCAUUCGAGACUGCCUGUCUGUAUUUUUCUCAAGUAUGUUUCACCCACUGGCUAGGGAGGCCAUUAUAACACCUAAACAUAUAGUUGGAAGUACAUGGGUCCUGUAUGUGAUUAGCCAAUCAAGCCAUGAUGUUCUAAUAUGAUUUGGGGAAAGAUGGCAGGACCAGAGAUCUGAGCUGAUAUGUCGAUAGCAUGCUGAUGCCUUUCCUCUACAUGCUGUCAGUGAGGUAUUGGGCCUGUAUGAGUUAGGUCAGCAUGACGUGGAUCUUGUCAAGAGAGCUGACGAGAGUUACUGGGAGUAGUAUGGAAUGUUUUGUAGCCCAUCAGUUUGAGAGAGAGAGAGAGAGAGAGAGAGAGAGAGA